UUAAAAUUAGAACAAAAAAAAAAUAUAUAAUUGUAUGCUCUACAAUAAUUAAUAAUAAAAAGAAUAUAUGUCGAAUUCAAUAAGGAUAAGAAAUAUAAAUAAUAAUUAAGCAUCAGGGUUCGAAUCGUAUAAUUCUUAAAUUAAUUCUAAUUAUCCUGCAAAUCUUUAAUAUAAUCAAUACAGUUUAUAAUGCAAUAACUAUUAAAAUACUACUUCUACUACUACUAAUACUAAUUAUUUAGGCAAUUAGUAUAAUAAUAAUAAUUUAAAUUAAAUAAAAAAUUAUUAACCAUUAUAAUUAUCAUAAAAAUAUUCAAACGAAAGUACUUCUUUGUUAAAAAAUUCAAGUAAAGAUAAUAAUACUAAUAAUAUAUUUCAAAAAAAAAAAAAAAAAAGAGCAUAAUAGUAUUCACCACUAUGUGUAAAAAAAACAGUAUAAAAUAAUUCAAAAGAAUAUAAUAUUAAAAAUUCAGUAAAUAAAAAUAAUUAAAAAGUGAAUAUUUUAAAAGUAGGCUUAAAUAAUAUUGGAAAUACAUGCUAUAUGAAUUCAGCUUUGUAAUGUCUAUUUAAUUGUCGAUAAUUAGUUAAUUAUUUCAACUAAAAUAAACAUAUAUUAGAAACUAAUUCUAAAAAUCAAGGCGUUUCAGAUGAAUUUGCAAAACUUAUUUAAAAGAUGUCUCAAAAUAAUAAAACUUAACCUGAAAAACCUUAUGAAUUGAAACAAAAAAUAGAAAAAAUAUCCUCAUAAUUCAAAGGAAGUGGAUAAUAAGAUUCUCAAGAAUUUCUAAGAACCUUACUAGAAGCUUUAAAUGAUGAUUUAAAUAGAGUUCAAGUGAUUCAUGGUUUUAAUAUUAUAAAGAUCGAGAUAAUAGUAUAAUAACAGAUUUAUUUACAGGUUAAUUACUUAGUAUAGUAACUUGUUAGAAAUGUAAUAACCCAUCAAUAACAUUUGAUAAUUUUAUGGAUUUAUCUUUAAGUUUUACAAACAGUUUCCGUUAUGGAUUAGAUUAUAGACUAGAACGAUUAAUCGAAUAAUUUUUAAAGGAAGAAUUCUUGAUUAUACUUAUAAUUGUACUAAUUGUAAAGACUAAAAAAAUCCAAAAGAUAAUUCCAUAUCUGGAGACUACCUAAUAUUCUAGUAAUUCAUAUUAAAAGAUUCCAUUUCGGGACUACUAGAAGAGAAAAGCUUACCCAUAAUAUCACUUUUCCUAUUUAAGGUUUAGAUAUGGGAUAAUUUAUUAACUAAUCAAGUAAUUUGUAUUAAUGAUUAUUUUUUAUUUUAUAUAGAGGACAAAAGUAUACAAAAUUGUAUUUAUGAUCUUAUUGGAAUAACAAAUCAUAUGGGAAGCUUAUAUGGAGGACAUUAUUUUGCAGAAUGUAAGAAUCCUAUUGAUGGUACUUGGAAUGAAUUUAAUGAUUCUAUUUGUAAAGAAAUAGAUAUUAAAAAUAAAGGAUAUACUACUAUCGGUUCUGCUGAACCUUAUUUACUUUUUUAUUAAAAAAGAGAUUGUAUGUAUGACGAAUAAACUUAUUUUUAAUAAUAAUGA